GUUCAUCUCAGAUUUUGAAAUGCCUACUUUUUCAAAGGAUCAUAAUCAAUGUCGGCAGGUCGUUUGCACACUUUGUAUGAAAAAAAGUGACAGAGAAAUUUCAGAAUAUUUCAUCAGUGAAAUCAAAAGAUUGAUUUCUGGCAACAUCAACUUUGAUGAUGAGAGGGUUCCACGAGGGAUCUGUGUCACCUGUAGGUUCCUGCUUAGAAAGUUAGCUUCUGGAGAUGAAGAAGUGAGUAUACCUCAACUUUAUGACUUCGAAUCCAUAUUGAUCAAACCAUCAACUCGCCAGACAACUAAAUGUGAUUGCAUCAUUUGUCAAAUUUCAAAAACCAAAGGGAAAGGAAAGCACCCCUUUGAAAAACCAUCUCAGCAAGAAGUGCAAAAAGAAGAAAUAUCUUUUGAAAAACGAUGCACAAAAUGCCUAUCUGUCAUUGCUCGAGGACUGCCUCAUAACUGCAAAGAAGCAACACGUCGUGAAAACUUGAAAGCUCUGGCAUUGGCAGAUCCGUUAGGGGCAGAGCAAAUUGCAUCAUUCAUCGUUUCUUCCAAAGAGGUAUCUUCCGAUGGAACUAUUCUGAUUAGCCGGUUUCAUGGAAAGCCUCUUGAAAUCAGACCAGGAUCAAAUGCAACUCAGGGUCUCUCCUCAGAGCCAUUGACAACACAAGAUAUGAUUAAUAUUCAGCAAAACAUUGGACUUUCUAACAAUGGAAUGAGAAAGCUUGGGUCAGCUUUAAAUCAAAUAAGUCCUGUUCGCAUAGUUGAGGCCAAUUUUCAACAAAAAUUUGCUGCAGCUGGAACUACCCUCAAAAGUUUCUUUACAGUAACAACUUCACAGUUACCAGAAUCAAAUGAAACACGCCAUAUUGUUCACUGCACAAAUUUGGAAACCCUCAAAGAAAAUAUUGUUUCAUCCAGAGGCUUGCAAAACUCAAACUUCUUAAAGCUUGGCAUUGAUGGUGGAGGAUCAUUCUUUAAGUCAAGUUUGAGUCUUAUCAGUGAGCAUGAAGGAGAACCUCACAGUCCUGUUCAGAAGAAAUCAAAAUUGAUCACCAAAGACAACUUCAAAAACACAAGUGUUCAAAAACAACUGAUUGUUGCCAUUUCAGAGAACACACCAGAGACUUACCCAAAUGUUAAGCACAUUCUGGAUCUUCUCCAAAUCAAUGAAAUCUCCAUUUCAGAAAAACUUGUUAUUUCUUGUGACAUGAAGCUUGCAAACAUAGUUUGUGGAAUCCAGUCACACAGCAGUAAGCAUCCUUGCUGUUGGUGCAACAUAGGCUCAGCACAUUUGGAAAACUGUGGUCAGCUUAGAACAUUCGGGGGCAUCAGAGACUUGUACAAAAAAUUUGUGAAGUCUGGUUGUGAUGCCAAAAGAUCAAAAGAGUUUGAAAAUGUGGUUCAUUUGCCAAUGUUUGCCUUUCCAGACAGAGAAUUGAUCCUUGAGGCAAUCCCACCCAUGGAACUGCAUUUGCUCCUGGGAGUUGUCAACCACCUCAUCAAGUACUUGGUUCAAGUUUUUCCAAAGACCAAACAAUGGUUGGAUUCAAUCCACAUUCAGAUGCAACCAUUUCAUGGUGGCCACUUCAAUGGAAAAGAUUGCAUGAAAGUGCUGAGGAAAAUUGAAGAGCUUAUGCAAUUGACAAUUGCUGAAAAAGCACCAGAUGCAACAAAGGCAUGCCAAGCAUUGAGCUCAUUUCACCAGGUUGUGGUUUCAUGCUUUGGAUACACUCUGUUGCCAGAUUAUGAGGCAAAAAUUUGUGAUUUCAAAGAUAACUACUUGAAAUUACCAGUCUCAGUCACACCAAAGGCACAUGCUGUUUUUCAUCACGUUCAACAAUUCAUUCAUCAGCACAAGGUUAAUCUAGGUGUAUUCAGUGAGCAAGCAACAGAAGCUCUUCAUUCAAAUUUCAAGACCCACUGGCAAAGAUUCAAGCGAAACUCUACUCAUCCGGAUUAUUCCAGUCAACUCCUCAGUUGUGUAGUUGAUUACAACAGCAAAAAAGUUUAG